AUGAGCGCAUCAUCGCUCUCAGACUGCCUCCAGGCCCUCCUCUCCAGGCUCCCCCACCCAGAUCACACAGGAUCCACCUCCGAUCGCCACAAGGCCAUCAACAGGGCGAACAAAGUACCUCGCUCGUCACUGACAGCUCGAUCUCGACUGGGUUCAUCUUGCAUCGUCGGCGUUCCUUGGCCAGCCGCUCCCGGACCGGACCGCCAUCGGCUCCUUUCCGACGUCAUCUAUCAGCCCCGGUCUCACACUUUUAUUGGAGCACGGCGCUUCUUACCCCCCCUACAUCUGAUUGGUUUCUUAUAAAGCAAGGACUACUACCACCAUGUGAGUGCACUACGUCCACAGGGCCUUGCCGUCACCGCCGCCUUCCCCCGCUGCGGCCCCCACUCCGCUCUACUCGGUCCCCAGGCCAAGCCGUUCGCUGAGCUGACAACCUCCCGCCUCACUCCAUAGGUCAUUCUUCGGCGGAAAUCGCGACCGCGAUGCCGACAGCUACGACCGUGACCGUGACCGUGACCGUGACCGUGACCGUGAUCGCGACGGUGGCGCAUCCCGCUCGGCGCAUGUGCCGACUCGACCGGUCGAUCGCGACAAGGCCGAGCAGGAGCUGAGCGCCAACAUCAAGAAGGCGACCAGUACCGAGGAGGCCGCUCCCAAGCAGAAACAUGUUCGGAGUAAGCUGCUUCUCCUUCUGAACGUGGGUUGUGCUAGGCGGAGGCGAUGCCGGCGUGUAGAGCGCAGCCGGGAUCGUCGUCGGCGUCAGGGAUUCCGGACGUGGCGGUGAAGGCCAGCCAGUCCCGGUCAUGGCAGACCGACCCCGGCUGCGCAGUUUCAUCACCGAGUCCUUUUGUAUGGCCUGAGCGAGGUGAAUGUGAUUCAUCUCAGCUACAUGAAUCGCACCCUACAUCUUAGUCGAGUUCCCUUUUCGACUCAUCGCUGACCAACGCCUCCCCCACUCCUCGCCUCCGUACUCAGAAUGCAUCGUCUACACUUGGGACCAUCGCUCAUCGGCUUCGAUCUGGAGUGGAUUGCGCGUGCUCCCCAUCCUCUCGGACGAGGUGCAGACCUUUAAAGCGCUCAUCACCGUCCACAAGGUCCUUCAAGAGGGUCAUCCCGUCGUACGUCUCCACCUGGGGAUUACCUUGACCGCAGUGUCAGAUCUGAGCUCACGAGCUUAGGAUCUUCCCGCAGACUCUUAAAGAAGCACAUAACCAAACCUCUUGGCUCGAGACGUGUGCUCGAACCGUUGGAGGAGACGUAUCACGAGGUCAGUCAUCUCCAGCAAAGCUCGGAGUGAUGUGGCCCGCUAACCGAUUCUGGGUUUCUUUCACAUAGGCUACGGCGCUCUGAUUCGCGCAUACGUCAAUCUGAUCCUGGCCAAGCUCAAGUUCCAUCGCCAGCACCGCGACUUCAACGGUCUCUUUGAAUAUGAAGAGUACAUCUCGCUACGAGGAGUCGAUGACCCGAACGAAGGGUGAGCACUUUCAGGAGACUUCACAACGAUGAGUGAAGACGAUGCAUUGACGACUCUCUCCCUGCAGUUUCGAGACCAUCAUGGACUUGAUGAACCUCCAGGACGUGAUUGACUCGUUCCAAAAACUCAUCUUUGCCCACUUCCGUGGCUCGGCCAACAACGAGUGCCGCAUCGCUGCGCUCGUGCCCCAGGUCAAGGAGUCGUACGGCAUCUACCGUUUCGUCACGAGCAUGUUGAGGGCCAUGUACCGACGUAAGCCCUAUUACGAGAGGAAGAACUUGUAUGAACCGCCCAGCUAAGCGAUUUCUGGUAUGAUGGUCGUACAGGCACCGACUCGGGUGAUGCAUUGGAGUCGCUCAAGGAACGCUACGAGGCCCAACACUACGCCCUGCGCAAGUUCUACUACGAGUGCUCGAACCUCAAAUAUCUCACCGGUCUGAUAAACGUACCCAAACUGCCGCAAGAGCCUCCGAACUUGCUCGACAACGGCGAUGCCCCCAAUCUGCCUCGACGACCGCCGGUUUCGGAGCCCCCAAGCGCCCCUUCGCCUGCGCCCCGCGAAGACGUCGAAGGGCAGCGACGUGCCUUGGCGGAAUACGAAGCCAAACAGGCUGCUUUAGUAGCAUCGCGGGAGGCCGAGGCACGACGACUCGCGGACGAACAAGCACGUCAAGAGCGCGAAUUCCAAGAGCAGCAACGACUGCAAGCACAGCGCGAACGAGAGGCGCAGGAGGCAUUGGCAGCACAGCAAGCCCAGAUGCAGUAUGGCAUGAACCAGGGUCGAAUCGCCGAGCUUGAGAGGGAGAUCUUGGGGAUGCGUGGACAGUGGGAACGGGAUCAGAUGAUGCUCGAGCGUUACGACCAUCGCGUCAAGGCGCUCGAAGGCGAGUUGAUGAACGUCAGCACAUCGAUCCAACAGCAACUCGCAUCCAAGGAUCAAAUGAUGAACGAGUUGCAGAACCAAGUUACGCUGUGGAGGAACAAAUACGAGGCCCUCGCCAAGCUGUACUCGCAGCUGCGCAACGAGCACCUCGAGAUGCUCGGCAAGUACAAAUCGAUGCAGCUCAAGGCCAACUCGGCGCAAGAGGCGAUCGACAAGAUGGAACGUAUGGAACGUGACGUCAAGGCCAAGAAUUUGGAACUGGCUGAUAUGAUUCGAGAACGUGAUCGAGCUCGAUUCGAGGUCGAUCGGAUGAAAUCGGUACGUGACCUCAUGCAGGCCGAUCAGAUGUUGUCUGCGCUAUGGGCCAUCUAAUCUUGAACUGGGUUUUUUCACAAAACAGAGCUCAAAGGAGGAGCUGGAGCGACUGCGCCGAGACUUGCGAUUCGCCGAGGAGCGUGCCGAGGAUGCGAGUCGAUCCAAGGGCUCCGAGGUGUCGACCUUGCUCAGCAAGUACAACCGACAACUCGAAGAGCUCGAAAGCUCGCUGCAGGCGAAGCAGCUGCAGAUCGACAGCUUGCUGGGCAAGCUCGACGAGAAGGAAGGCGAGGCGCAACGCAUUCGGGACGAGAAAGACGAAGAGAUUAUGAUCAUGCAAGAAGGGAUGGACGCGACGAUCCGACAAAUGUCCGACUUGCAGAUGACAGCGGGUGAGAACGACUUGGCGGUCAACGCCACGAUCGACAAUCUCGUGCUCGAUCAGGAGACGAAGUUCAACGAGAUCAUCGACUCGAUCCUCGCCGCGGGCGGGCAGAAGAUCGACGACGCGUUGUACGAACUCGAAUCGACCUUGCACGAUGGGAACCAGAACUCGACGCCCGAGUACACGCUGUCGAUGAUCGAAAAAGCAACGACAAGUGCGACCGAGUUUGCCACCGUUUUUACGCUCUACCUCUCUCGCGAGCGCGGAGGUGAACACGUCGAGGUCAUCAAGACAGCGAACAACUUUGCCCAGUCUAUCGCUGAGGUCCUGUCGAAUGCCAAAGGACUGGAAAGGAUCUGCCCCGACGAUGCUGCCAUCGAUGGCCUCAUGAAGAUUGGCAAGCUGCCUGGUGAGGCGGGUCUACGAUUCUUCACCGCUCUGCAGUCGUAUCGCCUCUCAGGACAAGCCCCUUCGGCCCGAAAAGAAGUGGUCAUCCGCAACAACAUGGAGACGCGUGCUGCCCUGCAAAAGCUCACCUCGACCGUCGAAUCCCUGGUACCCAAGCACGCUGCGCUCAAGGCGACCGGUGACUUGGGCGACUUGGUCGAAUCGGAGAUGCAAGCUGCCGCUAGGGCCAUCGAGGCUGCGACACAACGAUUGCAGGACAUCAUGUCGCGACCCAAGGAUUCGCGUACCAGCGCGACCGACCUGCAAGUCAACGAUGCGAUCCUCGCUUCGGCUCUGGCCAUCACGAACGCCAUCAGACGCUUGAUCAAAGCUGCCACCGCAUCGCAACAGGAGAUCGUCGCUGCCGGCAAGGGCUCGAGCACUUCGCAGGCGUUCUACAAGCGCAACAACCGAUGGACCGAAGGACUCAUCUCCGCUGCCAAGGCCGUAGCCAUGGCUACGACGCUCUUGAUCGAGACCGCCGACGGGGUCAUCAACAAGACCAAGACGCUCGAACAACUCAUCGUUGCGGCGAACGAAGUCUCGGCCUCGACGGCGCAACUCGUCCAAGCCUCGCGCGUCAAGGCCGAGCUCAUGUCGUCGACGCAAGAGAAGUUGGAGUUGGCCGCAAGAGCCGUCACGGAGGCGUGCCGAGCGUUGGUCCGCCAGGUCAAGGCCAUCACGGCCGAACAGCUCAAGCGCGACGAGAGCGACGUCAACCCGGACCUGAUGAACGCGUUCGAGUUCAAGCAGGCCGAAAUGGAGAAGCAGGUCGAGAUUCUCACGCUUGAGAAGCAGUUGGUCGAAGGUCAGAAUUUGGAAAUCGUCGUGGUUCGCCUUGUGAUGUCAGAACUGACUGGAACUUGUUAUACACGUGUACAGCUCGGAGAAUGCUCGCCAUCUACCGGCGAUCGGCGUACCAUGCCGAAGACGUGAGUGGUUUUUGAACUACCGCAAUGCUAUCGAGUCGGCUUGCUGAUUUCUGCUUCGGUUGUUUUCUUUCCACAGGGCGAUGUGUGA